CCAGCAUUCUGAUAAACGUAAAAGAAAUCGGUAACUUUUCUAUGGUGUAGGAUGCUCAGUAGUAUUCGACUAUAGGAGAGGCAAACCCUUUAGUGGUUGCUUGUGAUGUUAGCACUGCUUUGAAUGUAAUUCUUUGGUUGUUGGUUUCUAUGGCAUGUCGUGUGGUGGGUGCAUGCAGCUUGCCAUGGCAGGUGCAUUUGGUCCCUAAUGUCAUUAGUUGCCUCAGUAUAUCUGCACUGUGCACGCACAUUUACGAUGAUGGGGAGUGAAAAACUACUGAUUAGUACUUGCAUUGGGGGCAUUUUUUAGGCCAGGUGCAGUCAGCAAUCCUUUUCGUUUUUUAUUUUAUGCUUAUAUUUUUAAAGCUCGGUGUGGGUGCAUGAGUGAUGGAGCACGUUGUUCCACAUCCACUAUAUAUUUCGUGGCCAAGCUAGUCAUUUGACGUGAAUUGCAUUGUACUUGCACAUUUAUCAGCAUGCUUAUGAAUGCAAAACGCAUGCUCUGCUUCUUCCCUAGGUACAAAAAGGAGUGGCUGUAUGAUUGCUUACUUCUUAAGGUAAAGUCAACAGCUGUUUACACUUUCCUACAAGAAAACGGCUUUCUUCCCCUUCCCACCCCUCGCACUCUGUAUGGCUACCUGAAAAGCCUCAAGGCCGAUUUUGGUUUUGAUGCAAGCUUAUUUGCUGUCUUGCGAGAAAAACUGCAAGGAGUUCCUGAAAGGGAACGCCGAGGUGUACUCAUGUUUGACGAAAUGAGUGUGCGGAAGAGUGUUCACGUCAGAGAAUCUGACAUGUCCCUUUUGGGGAAGGUGGAUUUUUCUGAGCACACGAGACCAGCUGACCGUGAAAAGGAUGGCGACCAUGUGCUCGUGUUUUUGUUCCGGCCCUUUCUUGGUGGCUGGUCCCAGACAGUGGGCAGUUUCUGUGCAUCUGGUGCUACACCGGGCUCAAUAGUGGCAAAAUUGCUGCUUCAGUGCAUUGUGCCCCUCUCGAAUGCUGGUGUUGUGGUGGAUGCCGUCACAUGUGACAAUUCUACAUCAAAUCAGUCAGCUCUCAGGUCAUUGGGUAUCAGCGGCGACAUAAACAAUACCAAGAACACGUUUCAACACCCGUGUGCUCCGUCAAGACUUGUUUACGUGGUGAUAGACCCUCCACAUGUAUUCAAGUGCAUUCGGAACAAUUUACUAAAGGUUGGGAAGUUUCUGCUACCCCAAAGCCAAGAGGUUUUUCACUGCCACUAUUCUGCCCUACUAGAGUAUGAAGAGGAGCAGGCUGGGCUUCGCGCAGUGCCGAAGCUGACUAAAGCGCACAUUUUCCCUAAUGCAUUUCAAAAAAUGAGUGUGCGGCUUGCUGUCCAGUUGUUGAGUGAAAGCACUGCUGCAGCCAUGAAGUUUUAUAGCAAGCAAGAGGCAUGCAAGAACCUUCAUCACUCAACAGCAACGUCAGACUUCACACGACGCAUGAACAAGCUGUUUGAUAGCCUUAAUUCUCGCAGGCCAGAGCAUGUAAAAUACAAUGAGGCCGAACACAUCACUACACUGAAGGAGAAUAUAGCUUGGCUGGACGAUUGGCAGAGGUAUAUUGAGUCGUUGCCUGUGCAGAGGCGAGCGUGUUUUCUGAGCAAGCCAACGUGUGCAUCCCUUAGAGUAACGCUGCGCAGCACAGUAGCACUGGUCGAGAGCCUCCUGAGCUCUGGUUUCCGCUACGUGCUCGUAGGAAACUUUGGACAAGAUCCCUUAGAGGUAAACAUAUUUACAUUUCAAGCUAAGUAAGGUGUUUACUAU